GCUAGGCUCUGCAGAGUUAGGACAAAGACCUGCGUGGUGCCAGCCUUUGGGAGAUGUCUACAAAAGGAGCUCUGGACGAGGGCAUGGAAAAAGGAGGAUGCUCGGCCACCCUGGCUUUGUGGUCCAUGGGAGCGUUUGCAGGCACAAAACCAGCAAGUUAAUGGAGUUAAUUAUUAUCUCGGGAGACAGCGAGAGCUGUCCGUGGGUCUGUGCCACUCAGCCCCCGCUGCUGUGGUCAGCCAAAAGGCAGCAGAUGGGAAAACAGAAGAGUUCAAGCUGGUGUACAGGUUCCCAGGGAUCAAGUACUGCAGGAUGCUGUCCCGACUGAAGCUGCUGCAGACCGGCACCACCCUGCUCAUGCUGCCGCCUGUCUGCUACCUCUACCUGCAGGACCAAGUUUCUCAGAGUAUCUUCUUGUAUACAGCUGGCGUUGCAUUCUUUGCUGGUGCAAUGCUGUAUGGUAUGAGCUACUUUUUCAGACGAAUUAUUGGAUUAAUAUACUUAAGUGAAACUGGCCGUACCAUUAAAGUGGCCCACUUGACAUUCUGGGGAAGACGGAAUGACAUUUACUGUCCUCUAGAGACAGUGAUGCCUUUGGAUGAAGUUGGGGAUAGCAAAGGGGAGCUGCUUCUCCAGUUCAAACGCUAUAACAGUACAGACAUUUUAUAUUUUACAAUUAGGUUUGGCCAGAUUGUAGACAGACAGAAGUUUACUCAAAUAUUUGGAGAACCUGAGUGA